GAUGUUGAUUCCUCUUACCUGAGCUUGGAAGGGCCUUGCCUCUGACGGGAGUUUUGUGCACAUUAUUCCACGAUAGCACUCAUUUCACCCUUUAUUCUGUUAACCAUUUAUUUUUAACGAUGGCCGACGACGAACUAGAGGCGAUUAGGCGGCAGAGAAUGGCGGAGCUACAAGCAAAGCACGGGGAUGCUUCUAACAAUCAGCAAGGAGAGGAGGCCAAACAGAGAGAAUCAGAGAUGAGAAAUUCUAUACUGGCCCAAGUUCUAGACCAGUCUGCUCGUGCCAGAUUGAGCAAUCUUGCUUUGGUGAAACCGGAGAAGGCCAAUGCAGUUGAGAACUAUCUCAUCCAAAUGGCUCGUUUUGGAAAGUUAGGAGGAAAGAUUACAGAGUCUGGUUUGAUUGAGAUCCUAGAAAAAGUCAGUCAGCAAACAGAGAAAAAGACAACUGUCACAUUCAACAGACGGAGGGUGAUGGACUCAGAUGAUGAAGACGAUUACUAACUCCCCACAGGAACCCUGGAAUGAGCCAAGAAAUAGGGAAUGACUUGCUUUACUGGGACUCUUAUAGCAUCUUUGAGUGGCUUGGUCCUGUGAGCUGAAUCCAGGGAUGCCACAGUAGCUUCUCUGUGCCAGUGGCAAAACCAAGAGGAACAUCAAAGUGGUGUUGGUAGAAAUAAUAAGGGGGUACAAUACAGACAGUGUCAAGUGUUCUUUUCUCUUUUCAAUCAGUUUGCUACAGAUUUGCACUGUUAGUGUUGUACUCCUGACAGCUCCUGGCACUUGACUUCUGUAGUCCUCCUAAGAGGUUACUCUUCUACUUUUUUCCACCAUGGUUCUGUUUUUUUCAAACACAAGAAACUAGAAAAAUGCAAAACAUACUGCUGCUGAUGUAUUUUAUCUAGGUUUUUUGUGACUAUCCUCUUUAUCAUGUUGCAUUUGGGUAUUUUGUUUUUGUUAAUGUGCAUCAUCAAUAGUUUACACAAAAAAAUAAAAAAGCCUUAAAUUCCAGUGUAUGAUUCUCUAUCAAACCACCUAACUAUUUCCAUUUUAGAUUCUCACAAAAAAUGUACUACAAUGACCCUAGACUUGUAGUUUGGGUUUGUGACUGCUGAAUACACAAACACUGCUCACUACAGAGAAGUCAUUUAUUAUAUGGGAAUUUAACAUUUGGAUCAAAUAUUUCUUUUAUCAUUACAUUUUAGAAUUAAUCUCUUAGGUUCAAGUUAACAGGUUGCCAAAUGUACACAAUUGUAAAAAAAAAAAAAAAAAUAAAAGCCGUUAAAAAAGGU